AUGACAGCACACCCUAAUCCCCAAACUAUCCCUUUCUCUCUUUUCUCUCUCUCUCUCAUCCUUUCUAUCUCCUCUUUCUAUAUCUUUUGUAAUAAUAACAAGUGGAAGAAUUAAGAGGCACACUUCCUUUUUGUGUUCAGAGCACAAAAGCAAGAUCUCUCUUUCUCUCUCUCCAAAAUAAAAAAUGAGGAAUAUGUGCCAUGCUUUGUGUUGAUAUAUAGCACAAACAACCCAUGAAAAUCAAUGGAGGAGGAGAAAAGAGAAGAGGAAGCACACCCCAACAACUCAUCAUCCACCACCAUGGCAUUUUCCGACGAGAUUCCGAACAACUUGAGUUACCCUUUUCAACCAACAUCAUCCACCAUCUUUGACAUCAUUCCAUCUUCUUCCUGCGACCAAAAAGCUUCGUCUUUUGGCUUCAUGGACUUGUUGGGUGUCCACGAUUACAACGCUCCUUUAUUCGAUUGGCUUCCCGCCGCCCCCUCAUCCCCCACCGUCACCGUCAACCCUGACUCCUCCGAGGUGCUGAACAUCCCGGCAUCUCCCAAUUCGUCUUCGAUUUCUUCGUCUUCGAAUGAAGCCACAAUCCACAACACCAACCAACAGCAGAGUGGUAAACCACAGAAUGAACACGAAGAAGCAGAAGCAGAGGAAGACGGUGGUAAUGGAGCUAGAAGAGAGGACCAAGAUCAAGACAAGACUAAGAAACAGCUGAAACCGAAGAAGAAGAACCAAAAGAAGCAAAGAGAACCGAGAUUUGCUUUCAUGACAAAGAGCGAGGUGGAUCACUUAGACGAUGGUUAUAGGUGGCGAAAGUACGGGCAAAAAGCUGUGAAAAACAGCCCUUAUCCCAGGAGCUACUACCGUUGCACCACCGCGGGUUGCGGCGUUAAGAAGCGCGUGGAGCGUUCCUCCGAUGACCCUUCCGUCGUGGUAACCACCUACGAGGGCCAACACACCCACCCGUGCCCUGCCACGUCACGGGCUAGCCUCGGCUUCAUGCACGAACCGGGUGGGUUCGGACCCACCGGUUUGGUUGGUGGCGGUUCUCUUGGGUCCCCACACUUUGUGCUGCCACAUCAGCAUCAGUUUCAUCAGCAGCAGAACGUCUCACAAGCAUCGGCUUUGAUAUAUAACUCCACCCCUCCUUUGAGUGUUGUUAGCUCCAACAGUAACUACAUGAACACGACGUCGUUUGGUGGCUUUGGUGGUUUUGGGCCUGUUCAUGAGGCUUUGUUAAGGGAUAAUGGGCUGCUUCAGGACAUUAUUGUGCCAACGCAGGUGAGGAAGGAGGAAAGGGAUUGAUUGAAUCGUGAGUGAGUGAGAAAUUAAUAUUGGUAUUCAUAUUAUAUUGAGUUGGGAAAAUUGAUGAUAUUCUAAUUGUUGUUAAUUAUUUUUAUUAUGUAUCUGUAUUGGCUGCAGCUUGGUAUGUGGCAUGUAUGUAAUGCUCUCUAACUCAUUUGAUGCCAUCUCUCGCUGCCUCUGAGGGGUUUUCUGUUUUAGAGGUUACUGUAGAGAAACCCACCUCAGCUAGAUUUCAGUGAGUUCAUAUGAAACCUUUUGGAGGUUCACUUUUAAAUGACUAUUGCCCUUGUAGAGGGGCCUCAGGUUCUGAUUUUGUUAAUUUCAUUUUUUUUUCAUUUCCUU